GGUACCUAGUAGAUAUGAUGUACAGCAAAACUAUUAUGACAUCCAUUUAGCCUUUUCCUGUCUUUAUUGCAUGUUUAAAUUCUAGGGCAUGGUCUGUAAAGCAGUGCAGGAGGGCUUCAGGAUACAGGCAAAAUAUGUUCCUUGAAAACAUGGCUGUAUUGUGGGGUACGUUUACCCAUAGACUUAUAAUUUAUUAUAGGUUCUGUUCUAGAACCAGCCCUGUUGAUCAGGCCCUAAAGGUAAGCACAAUAUCACAGUGUAAAUCCCUCCCCACCAUUCCCUUCACUUAAUUUAUUCCUCUCCCCUGAUCCUAGGAACUUUGAUGCCUGCUAUACCCCAAACUCGGCCCCUUCUCCUCUGUAAUCCCACCCCUCACAUUCCAGUAUUUCGAUUUCUUUGAACGUGUUCAUAGCAACAGCUGUUGCUGCCAGUGUGGUUAGCUCCAUCACCCCACCUUUCCCUACCUCCUGGCCCCAGCUGGGAAGAAGAAGAGAAAGGGGAGGGGAAAGGGGACUGCUCCCACAGCAACAGCUAUUGCUCCCACCCUGCCCCAGUCUGUCCCGGUCUCCAUUCCCACACCUGGUGUUGGGAGGCAGAAGUGGGAUGGGAGUCGUGGGUUGUAGGUGUCAGCGCUGUGCGGGACACGAUCACAGCAAGAGAAGACGUACCAUGUGUUUGGCACAGGGCUGGUGGAAAGUGUGUUCAAUUCAGCUAGUGAGAGAUCCUGCGGCUCUAAAUGGCAGCAGUGAGGGUUGCUUGGCUUUUAAACAGCCACGGUGAGGACUCAAGUGGUUGUUGGCAGCAGUGGUGGGGGAGGAAGGGGAAAGAGGAGGCAUCUCAUGACUUUAAAACAGCCACAAUGAGAACGCCCACUGGCUUGUGGCGAUAGUGGUGGGGAGGGUUCUCCUGACUUUGAAGAGCUGCAGUAUGGACUCCCAUGGUUACCAGCAGUGGUGGGGAGAGGCUAGUGGCUUUAAACAGCAGCAGCAGUCCACGUAACCUUCUGGAGUCCCGGGGGCGGGGUAGAGAACAGGAAGCCGAGUUCAGGUGCGGGAGGCCAGAAAAGGCUCAAAACGGGAGAGCGGGAAUGGAACAGUGAAGUUUGGGGAAAGGGGCUGGGAGGAAAUUGAUUUCCCUGCAUCUGGCAGGGCUUAUAGAUCCUGGGCAUUGUCAUCAGUUAGUGUAUAUUGUAUGUGGUCCUCACAGCCCCAUUUGGCCAUAGUUGUGUUUGGGACUCCCGCUUCCUUAUCAGGAGCUGGCUUGAUGGAUGCAGUGUAUUGCUGAUACCCGCAAUACAAUUCAGUAAUAUGAAUGGGUGCUAUGCCCCACCCCUACUAGAAAGUAGCAUCUCUCAGUUCACCUGGGAGAGACACUCCCCAGGGGCCCCUUCCUGUCCUUCUGGAACUGGGCAGGAAGAAGGAAAAAUGGCAGACCUCCUUGCAGUCAUUUAAAAUCUUGGGAAGGUUGUCGCUGUUGUGACGGACUCUGGAACAGCCUGCUGGAGUGAGUGAAGAUAGUCCAAGUCCCAAGAGACAACGCCUUUCUCAUUCAGUCUUUGAUUGUACAGCAGCAUCCCCAGCCCCAUCCCCGCCUAUGCGGCCUUGGGAGAUGGCGACCAAUAGGCAGCCACCUCCUGUUCGAACCAACCAAAAUAACUUCUCAGGGGAGCAGUGCAACACACCUGCACGUAACAGAAGAAGUCCUCCUAGGCGCCAGAGAGGAAGACGAGACCGUGUGUCUCGACAAAAUACAAUGAAUCAAGAUGAAAACUACCACCAUCUCCCUUUUGGGCAACAACAAGCAAUAGAGGAACCUCGAGCUUUCCAUCCUCCGAAUGUAUCUCCUUGUAUGUUGCACCCCGCAGCUCAUCCGCCUCAGCAGAAUUCGGUGAUGGUUGAUAUACAUGAGCAGAUCCACCAGGGAACAGCCCCAGUCUCUUACACAGUUACAACGGUGGCACCGCAUGGGAUUCCACUUUGCACUGGCCAACAUAUACCCGCUUGCAGUGCACACCAUGUCCCAGGAUGUUCCGUGGUUUUCAGUGGGCAGCCCAUUCCUGUCUGUAGUGUGCCUGCUCCAAUGAUUCAGGCGUGUUCAGUUCAACAUUUGCCGGUGCCGUAUGCUGCAUUUCCUCCUAUUAUUCCAAAUGAGCCAUUUCUUUACCACCCACCUCAUGUUCCACAUCAUCAUCAUGCCCAUUUGCCACCACCAGGGCAGUUUGUCCCGUUUCAAGCACAGCAGUCAAGAUCGCCACUGCAGAGAAUAGAGAAUGAAGUUGAACUUCUGGGAGAACACCUUCCUGUAGGAGGCUUUACCUACACGCCACCAGCCCAUCCGCCGACUUUACCGCCAGCGGCUCCUUUGCAGUUCUUAACACAUGAUCCUUUGCACCCGGAGGUAUCCUUUGGAGUCCCUUAUCCUCCAUUUAUGCCGCGAAGACUCCCGGGACGUGGUAGAUACCGAUCUCAGCAGCCGGUGCCACCUCCACCGUACCAUCCUAACCUGUUGCCCUAUGUGCUAUCAAUGCUUCCAGUGCCACCUGCGGUCGGACCAACUGUUAGCUUUGAACUGGAUGUCGAAGAUGGAGAAGUGGAAAAUUAUGAGAACAGUAGUAGAGUUGUCCUUGAAUUCGAAGAUGACGGUGACGACGGUGAAACUGGAUCCAUGAGUGCACUGUUGAAUCUGGCAGAAAGAUUGGGAGAGGCUAAGCCCCGAGGACUAACAAAAGCAGAUAUUGAGCAGCUUCCGUCAUACAGAUUCAAUUCCAACAAUCACCAGUCAGAGCAGACUUUGUGCGUAGUGUGCAUGUGCGAUUUUGAGUCCAGGCAGCUACUCAGAGUCUUGCCUUGUAGCCACGAGUUCCAUGCCAAAUGUGUCGAUAAAUGGCUCAAGGCAAAUCGUACCUGUCCAAUCUGUCGGGCUGAUGCUUCGGAAGGGCAUCGUGAUACCGAGUAACCAGCUGAAGAGCACAAAUCUCAUCUGGGUGUUUCUUGUCACCUGUACUUACCCGUGUGGUUUCCAGCCUUUACACAAAAGGGUCAAUGGACCUUCCUUUGCACUGUGUGAUUUAACCAAUUGUAAAGCUUAUAGUCUUCACAACUAUGGGAUUGUUUUACUAACGGUAUGAUUGGAACUCCAAAGACUUUUCUUUAGCUUAAUUUUGUGUGUGCACUAACAUUCCCUGGUUUUCGUGUGAUUAUUCCGAGUGUUGCUGCAAGAUUACAGUGGACGUGAUCUUUUAGCAUGUGCUUUUAUAAAAAAAAAAAAAAAAAAAGUGGUAGCUCCAAACAGUAUAGCAAUCUACUUUAUAUAGAGCCUUCAGAUACUGUGAGUGGAAAUGAAUGGAACGAAUGCACGUCCGUGGCGGUGCGGGCUGUGUGUGUGUGUGUGUGUGUGUGUGUGUGUGUGUGUGUGUGCGCGCGCGCAUGCGUGCGUGCAAGAGCUGGUGAGAGGAUGUAGCGAAUGAAUGUGAGAACCGAUAUACCAGCAUGUAUUGAGAAUGUGUGUAUGUGUGUGUGUGUGUAUGUGUGUGUGGUAAUAACUACGCUGCAACGUAUACUCUUAUGUGUUAUUUAAGCAGUACUAGUACUGUACACUGGUUUCUUUCCUUGGAUUUGCAGUUGCACACUGAAUGCUAAGGGUGCAGCAGUUAUAGGCAUUUAAUGUUCUCCCUUUUCCCCCCUCCCUUCUCUUGGUUAAGGUCCACAUUACUUUUCUUCAGACAACUAUUCUACUUUCCCCUUAUCGGUAAUUUUAAAUGCCACUUAGGGGGGAAAAAAUAGUGCAUCAAACUCUAAAUGCCUAGACCUAAUUCUUAGCAUCUGAUAUAAAAAAUGAAGGCUUGCUGUUUACCGAUAAAAAUACUGCAAGCCCACCUCUUCAGUUAGCAAUAUUAAUGUUUUCAUUUGGUAUUUAGAAUGUUUCCCUUUCAAGGUGUUAGCUUAGUUGUUUCAUAACAAUCACAAGAUUUUUAUAGUUAGACUUUUAUUGUAGUUGGAAAAUGUUAAGUAAUAUAUUCCUGAUCGGAAAUGGUGUUCGAGGGACAUCACAGUCCAUGUAGCCUAACACCAUGUAAUCGGUCAGCGUCUUUGACCAGAAAAUAAUUUGUAAACCAACUCUCGCUUUAAUGCACCACCUGUAUUCUUUAUAUUGUUGGACAAACUCUCAUGUAAGCAUUUAAGUGGUUAGAAGAAAAUUUCCAUUUAUUUUUCUGCAAAUUCACUUACUGAAUUCAAGUUCUGAAAAGAGGUCUAGCUCUUCCUCAGUAAGGAAAUGCCCGUAGAAAACCACUAUAAGCCGUUGUCUGGGUGAAGUAUAUACUAUGACACUUUCUCUCCCUUUGACCUUAAGUGAUCCUGUUUUGGGGGGGCAGUUUUUGCAUGAAUGAGUAAAGUGUAAUACAGCCAGUGUCCAGAAUACUCGCAGUGUAAGAAAAGACUAUGUUCUUGCACAAGUAAGAACAGAUAAUGCUGUGAAACAGGAGUUAACCUCCAUUCAAUUGACCUGAAUAAUAUUAUAAUUUCUGUUUUGUUGGGAAAAAAAAGUGUUCCUUUAAUGUAUUUAAGAUUGUUUUAAGGUCUGUUUUCCAGGAGUGUGUUUAGGUCCACAUCUGUACCAAGAUUAUUCGAGAGAUGCACUUUUUUUUUGCAUCACUUUGCUUCUUCGUACAUUUAGUGUCAUUACUUUGAUUGCAAUAGCACAAGUGGCACAAUUAGCAAUAUUGCUACAACUUGCUGCUGCCAGUCUCAGCUUUAAUUUCAUUCCGUGUCAUAACUUCUGAUGCUUUUGUAUGCUGCUAUGCUUUAGUAUCAGUUAUAUUUUCAGACAGUGUUAAUGUGUUCUCCAGUGCUGCUUGCCCUUCUUGGAAGGCUCUACAGAAAAAAAAAAAAUCACAGCUUGUGGUUCAGUAAAAUAAAACAAAAGCACAAUGUAGCCCAUAUUUCAGACACUAUUGCCUCUGCCUAGUUAUACCUCUAGUUAGGAUUCAAAAUUUUCUUAUCUUGUCCAUAUUUUAGUCCUUGAGUCAAAAGAUGAUAAAGCAUCUAACACAUGAUUUUUCUAGCCCAAUAUAGCUUUCUCUGCCCUUAAAGUGCUAAAGAAUGGAAUUAGCAACCUGUUAAUGAGCCACUAAAUAAGUUAAAUCCAUAGAAUAACCUUUAUUUUUGAAAACUAAUAAAAGAAUGUUAUCAUUGCAUAUGCCACCUGUCAUACUCAGUAUCUUUUAUAUGGCUGCAGAAAAACCUUUCUACCUGUAAAGAUGGAACAUAACACUACUACAGCCAGUAUUCACUUAAAGAAGCAUGCAAAGUAAAGCACUUUUUCUCAUUUAGAUAGAAAUACAUAAUUAGGGCACAUUUUACUAAUAACUAGGAAAAGUGGUCCUUUUUUCCUUGAAUUGGAAAAUUAUUUGUGUAUCGUCCCUAUUUCAAUGUUGUUUUGUGAGGCAGUUGGAGAUUUCGAGGCAGUAGGGUCUAAUUUGGGAAAAUACUGAAUUUAACUGUUGCACUCUUGUGGCUUAUCUCUUUUGGAAUGUUUCUUUUGUUUGCAUGGGACUCCUGCAGAUGUGUGCAGAAUUGCUUCCUGUGGUUAGUGUGUAUAAAAGGCACACAUGCAUGUGUUCUGAGCCAGUUCAGGCUGGCUACAACUGAUACUUUCCAGUUGUGGCUGUCAGGAGGAGAGGAAGGGAAUUGAUUUGUCGCUCAGUUGUUACUGCCAUGUGUUGUGCACAUUUAUGUGUCUUAAUUUCACAGCCUGCAGUGGUGGCUGAUAGCACCAAAAUCCAGUAUGGUUUUAUGUCAGCCGUCUUCCUCCUCUUCCCUGCACCACCAUCCCCUGCCCUCUCCCGCCCAAAAAAAAAAAAACAAAAAAAAACAAAAAACAAAAAAAAAGCCCUGUUGGCGUUAUCAUAUCGGCACUGCUAUGUUUUUGCAUGAAUUGUUCAUUGAAUUUGACUUCGUUUUAUUUUGAAAACUGAUGUCAAGACCUCUAGAUAUCUUCAAGAUCUUAUUUGUUGAUUGUCUUUACAGAAGGUUUUUUUGGGCAGUUAGGGAAUUUGUUAGUAUAUUCAGGUUUUGUACAAUCUCUUAACUGUGAUUUGUUAAAAUUGCAUCUCUUGUAAUAUUUAGAAUGGAAACUACAAACUCAAUUUUACUGGUAAAAACCUGUUUUUGACAGCGAUAUCUUGAGGCCUUCAUUUAAAAAAAGCUGUUUUUUUCUUUUUUGGUACAUUCAGUUACCUCAUUUUGCUAUUUGUUUCAGAUUUGCUAAUGAUUAUAAAAAUGUAUGGAUUUUGUUAGAAUUUUAUUUGUUUUGUUUUCUUUAAAUCAUUCUUGUAUCAUUUAACAUAUAGUUUUAAAUGUAUUAUAAAUAUCUGUAACCAAAUCAUUUGAAGGCUUGAUAAAUUUUUAACAAAGUUUGUACAUUUUUUAUGAGAGUUACUAGUAAUGCUUUACUAAGUAGUGCAAUGAAUUUUUAUUUUUAAUCCCUGUGCCCAAUUUUGGAGUUGAGAGGGUUGUUCAGUAAUAAAUGUAUGUUGU